AUGGAGCAGUGCCUCUGCGCGGCCGUUCCGCGUACGGGCAGUGCCCGGGCACAGCGCUGCCUCCGGGGCGGUGCGCGGCUCCCGCUUCCCCUCCUCGCACCGCCUCUGCCGCUGCCUCAUUUCCUGCAGCGUAGGCGGAGGAGGAAGCUCUGUGCCCGCUUUCCUGGCCGGUUCGCCCCGCUCCCCUCCGGCCCGGCACCGCCGAGCCGCCUCCUGCCCUUCGAGAUGCCGGCCUACCACUCCACUUUAAUGGACUCAGACACCAAGCUAAUUGGGAACAUGGCACUGUUACCCAUCAGAAGCCAGUUCAAGGGCCCAGCGCCUCGAGAAACUAAGGACACAGAUAUUAUAGAUGAGGCCAUCUACUACUUCAAAGCGAAUGUUUUCUUCAAAAAUUAUGAAAUUAAGAAUGAGGCUGACAGAACACUGAUCUAUGUCACCCUCUACAUUUCUGAAUGCCUGAAAAAGCUGCAAAAGUGUAACUCCAAAGGCCAGGGAGAGAAGGAGAUGUACACGCUGGGAAUCACUAACUUCCCGAUCCCAGGGGAGCCUGGCUUUCCACUCAACGCCAUUUACGCCAAACCUGCCAACAAGCAGGAGGAAGAGGUGAUGAGGGCCUACCUGCAGCAGCUGAGGCAAGAAACCGGCCUUCGCCUGUGUGACAAAGUGUUUGAUCCUCAGAGCGACAAGCCAAGCAAGUGGUGGAUCUGCUUUGUGAAGAGGCAGUUCAUGAACAAGAGUCUCUCAGGCCCUGGGCAGUGAAGCAAAGUGGCAACAACUUUAAGCAUUUCCACAGCAAGAUGUUUGAGUCUUUUGCCUUUGCUUUGGAUACAUUUUGUACCAAGAAAGAAUUAAGUGCUUAUGAAGUAAAAAAAAAAAAAAAAAAGAAAAAACCAAACCUGUCAAUGAGUGAUAGAGGGAGAGCAAAAAGAUAAGUUGUGGAAGCAAAUAUUAUUAAGCUGGUGCUUAAUAAGUGAUUUCUAACGUGCUGUUUCAGAUGAAAGCUGCUUUGUAAUCGUGGCUACAGCAUUUCAAACAGGGCUUGUAUUUAAGAGAAGAAGUGGGCUUGGCUGUGGGGCAGGGGAGCUGUGUCAUUGCUCUGCUGGCUGGAGUCGGUGUCGUGUGUCCAGGGAAAACAGACCUCUCACGCUGUGUUGUCCAGUGCAGUGAUUUUUACCUUGUUUUCAAUAAAAUUUGCUUGUAAUUAA